CAAUUAUGUGCAUGUGACAUGUACAACGUCACAAGGAAUUCCUGUUUCCGACUUAUCUGCCGAUUAUGGUGUCUCUUGUAAUUUGUCCUCUUUUAUCUCGUGAAGUAAUCUACGCGGAUACAUAAUAAUGGCUGAAGUAUUUAAUAUGGAGCUGCGGGACGGAGUAGAUGGGGAGGAGGAGAUCUCAGAUGAAGAAUAUCCGGCAGAAGAGGAACAACACCAGUACCUCAAAGAUUUAUCAAGAGCAAAUGAUCCACUUGAGGAUGGCAUGGAGACUUUGGAGUUGACAGAGAACACAGUGAAUCCUGGACAUGGAAAAGUUAGCACGUUCGACUUUGAGCUGCUCAAAGUGCUAGGCAAGGGGGGCUAUGGAAAGGUAUUUCAAGUUAGAAAAGUCUCAGGACAGGCAAAAGGCAAAAUAUUUGCAAUGAAAGUAUUGAAAAAGGCCACAAUUGCCAGAAAUGCUAAAGACACGGCUCAUACAAAAGCUGAGAGGAAUAUUCUAGAAUGUGUCAAGCACCCAUUCAUCGUGGACCUGAUCUAUGCAUUCCAAACAGGUGGCAAGUUGUACUUGAUCCUGGAGUAUCUCCCUGGUGGAGAGCUUUUCAUGCAACUUGAGCGGGAGGGAAUCUUCAUGGAGGACACCGCAUGUUUCUACCUGUCUGAAAUCACUUUGGCGAUAGAGCACCUGCAUUCCUAUGGUAUCGUGUACAGAGACCUGAAGCCGGAGAAUAUCCUCCUCGACCUACAAGGUCAUGUGAAGCUGACAGACUUUGGGCUGUGUAAGGAAGCUGUGAUGGAGGGGGUGGUCACACACACAUUCUGCGGGACCAUUGAAUACAUGGCACCAGAAAUCCUGAUGCGUACUGGGCAUGGAAAGGCAGUUGACUGGUGGAGCCUUGGGGCACUCAUGUACGACAUGCUCACGGGUGCGCCCCCUUUUACUGGCGAGAACAGAAAGAAAACUAUUGAUAAGGUAUUGAAGGCAAAGUUGAGCCUGCCUCCGUACCUGACCAACGAGGCGCGAGGACUCAUCAAGCGGCUUCUCCGAAAAAAUGCACAGGAACGUCUUGGAGGGGGUAAAGAUAAUGCUGGGUCAAUCAAGGCUCAUGCCUUCUUCAGACAUAUAGAUUGGAAUGACCUAAUACACAGACGUGUGGAACCACCAUUUAAACCUUCUCUGACAAAUGAUGAAGAUGUGAGUCAGUUUGACACGAAAUUCACAAAGCAAACGCCAGUGGACUCCCCGGACGACACGGUGCUGAGUGAGAGCCAGAACAGAGCAUUCCAGGGCUUCUCAUAUGUAGCCCCUUCAGUGUUAGAAGAUCUCAACAAGCCAUGGAUAGAGGAGCGGAAUAUCCGGUCUCCUAGGAAACAUGGGAACACGUUCCGCGGCCGUGUCAGCCACAGUCCGAUGGUGGAGGGGUUCGAGCUGGGGCCAUCGCACGGUGUAGGCGGGGCCGAGGGCGGCUACGAGGCCAUGGACACAUCGUCACAUCCUCCACCCCACCCCCAGUCUCACGCUAUAAACACUAAACAAUAUAAACCUUCUGCUAUGCCAAUCAAUCAGCGACCUAAACAUAUACUCUAGAAGAUGCUAGCAAAAGUCUAAUAGGUAUUACAAUUGUAACUGUGAUUUCAGUUAGAAGUUUUUAGUUCAAAUAAUCGUAAAAGAUAUUUCAAUUGUUGCACAUAGUUGACAUUUUAAAAAGGUUUAACUAUUUUGCCGAGUUUUUUUACUCCAACACAAAUGUACAUGAUACACAGUGUGGAUGAUUGUCAACACAUCAGAGGUUCUUUUUAUUUUGAGUGAUAUUGUACAUAGAUAAUGCUAAGUUUCUAGAGGAGGUUUAUUGCAGACAUUUUACAAGAGUACACUUUCAAAAAGUGUGUGGUUUUGACUGGUGAAUUGGUAUGAAGUGUUCAUACAUGAAACUUUGAAUUGACUGCCUUUUGUUGUCUUUGUUUUACCAUAUAAAUAACCAUCUUACAUCAGUUAAUUGUAUAAAACAAGUUAUUUCUUAGUUUUGGUAAUUGGUUAUCCAAUAAUAACUGUAGCCCCAUCAAACUAGCCAAUAAAUCCACUUUUAAACAAUUGGCUCCAGGUAUAUAUUAACAUCCAAUCACCUUGAUAAAAGAAGUCAUAUUAUCAAAAAAUGUGCCCUUAACAAUAUGAAUCAAGAGCAUAUUUGUUAGGGAUUUACACCCUACUCUGUGUACUUUCGAAAUAUAAGUAAAUGAUGUAAAAUGUCUGUGGAGCCGCACCUCUUCAGAGUUGAUCACACGGAUCAUUAAUAAAUGACUAACUCAUUGGGAGGUUUUUAGCAAUUCUUUUUAGUUCAAGUGUUCAAUUAUUAUCAGAUGUUUUAUUUGUAACCAUGAAUCAUGUUUUAUCAACUUCCAUUCCAUGAAUGUAUCAUGGAUAUUUUAACCUAUUAGUAUUGUUCUCUUAAAAUUCCUUCCGAAGAAGGCUCAUUUAGUUUAAGCAUAUAUUUUUUUCAUUUCAUCUAAAAAGUAUGAUGAGUAACAAUGUGUUUUUAAUCAGUUCAGUUCUCAAAAAAAAGUAUUGAACAUUGACUUUAUGAUUUCCAUGUAGACCUUUUUCAGAAGUGUUUCAAGCAUGUAUGGUCAUAAUUAUAUUUUAUCAAAAACAUUGAUGAAGAAUGUGUUUAGGUUUUAUUGAGAUAUAAUUUAUGAUGUACAUAAAAUACUAGUAAUUAUUGUUCAAGCAAUGUGAUGUCAAUGAUUUGUACAUGUUUUGUGAUUGAGGCUGUGUGGUUUAAGGUGUAUAGUGAGAUGCAUGUUUGUAACUGAAUAUUUAUGAACUAUUAUUAGCUGGCAAUCCGCUGAGCAUGACUGCCAUUUCAUGCUCCCACUAUGAGAGUACUUAUUAUGAUAUAAUUGUUGAAUGUUUGCAUGUUGACACUGCCAGUAUUGUAGCAGUGCUGGCUUGCUGUUAUCUUUAAAUGUACACCAUGAAUUACCUUACCCGGGCCAACACUGCACUUGUCCCCCGUUCUCCUCAUGCCCCAUUAUAGUACAUAUGAAGCCAUGUAUUCAGGAAACAGAAUUUUUGUGUUAUCAUAAAUGUCUCAUGUUCGAAUGAAAAUGAAAAAUAGUUGAAAGAAAUCAACCUGAAUGUUGUUAUACUAUGAAAAUAAAUAAUAAUCACUGAACUCAUAUUCAUGCUGUAAUAAUCGCCCCAGACGAAGCCAAUGUUAAGCUUUAUACUGUGUUGGCCUGGCAGUUUGGACUUUUGUGAUAUUUUCACAUCUCAAGGAGAGGGAUGACUGAACUAGUGUGCUGAUGUAUGCAAGGUGUCGGUCAUCUUCCUGAUAUACAUGCCAAGGUCACACCAAAUUGACGCUUUGUUUGAUGGGUUUAAUGCACCUAUUCUUUGACAUGUACGUGAAAGUAAUCUUUGCAGAUAAAAUAUUUAUUUUAACAUACUUAAUUACAAAACCCCCACAACGCUUUCAAUAGCAAAAAUAUUAAAAUGUUUUGACGAGUAGUUCAUAGGGUAUUACCUUUUUACAACAUUUCUUUAGUAGGAAAUUGCACUUAAGAGUAGAUAAUUGUUCAAGAUCAAGAUUUUCAUUCCGAGUAUUAAUUAUAUGGGGAAAGUGUUUGCUGUCUACCACUCCUGUUAUUAAACUGAACGAGAACAUUUUUUUUGUUGUCCACUCGUUCUUAAUUUUUACAAAAACAAAGGGUUAAAUUGGUGUGGCCGUAAGUUUUAGUACUGACAAUGUUUUACAUAAUUAUCAUUCUUAUUAUUAAAAAAACCAUUGAAAUAUCAUUGUGAAAUGGAAAUUGAUUUCAUUUUCAGGACUUGUACUUUAUGUGGAAAUCAAUUGAACAUUAAUGUUAAGGAAAUAGUUACAAACCUUUUCAUUUGACUUCCAUCUCAUUAGACAUUACAAAAUAUUUAAAAUAAGUGACCUAGUAGCCAGUGACCUGUACAAAGUGAUAGUCCACUGCAGAGUUCAGAAAGAGAUGGACACAAUGUCUUGCACUAUUUACAAACAGCAGCCCAUUUAGAAUUUAAAAAACAACUGCUGUUGCAUUUACUUAUUAUGAUGCAAAACACAAAAACUAAAUGGUUUGAACACUGUAUUAAAUUACAGCUUUAGACUUGUAUAGCUCUCAAUAUCCUGAAAUGAAUUGCAACUGCUUAAUUGUGUGCAUGUUUUUACAAUUCCUUGAAAUGAGAACAGUGCACUGUAACUGUAAGGGUACCAUUGGAACCUGACAUUGGUCAAAUUGUACAGUGAAAUGUGUAAUCAGUUAAAACUAAUAUUUUUUAAUGUAAAUAGUCAAAUUCAUUGUUAAUUAUGUUCCAAAGCAUUUAUUUAUUUCAUAUUCAUUUAAAGACUGAUUUGUUCAUUUCAAACCAUUUGUAAGUCUGUUGAUUGAUGUACACAUAUUAAUAUUACUGUUGACGAAAAUGCCCAUUAUUAGAUUUAAAUAAGGAUUAUUUUACAACAUGAUAUGUUUUUAGUUUAGCGUUUUAAUGAAGGGUCCCAAAUUUUAAUUAUGUAUCUCUGAAACACUUAACAUUUGAAUGCUUCUUUGUUUGAUCCAAACCUUCUGAAUGUGUUAAAAACAGUGCCGAAAAAUAAACUUUUCUCCUC